UGUUCGUUAACAGUGAUGCGGUCGCUCCUGUUACUCUGUUGCUGUGUGACUAUCGCGAGUUCGCUUAGACUAGCCGCGUACGUAUCCUCCGGUGGUCUUCAUGGCGAGAUACGAUUUGAGAGAGCCACGGAGUCCUCGGUGCGAAUUCGAUAUUCUCUGAAAGCGACCUUGGAAUAUCCGGAUCAGCAAUGGCUUUGGUCUGUCAACCAAUUUCCGGUCGAUUAUACAAUUAUCGAGGGUAGAUGCGACAAACGACACGUCGGGGAAAGCAUCAUCGACUUGACGGAAAGAGUCGGACCUCUUGAAUUACCGACGAAUCAAACAGGCUCAAUAGAAGUCACAGAUUUGUUUUUAACUGGAAAAACGGGUUUGUGGGGAAAAAGUUUGGUGUUGAAGGACACUUACUCACCGAGGACAAUAUGCGCUUCGAUUACGGUACUCGAGAAAAACAUCGAGAAGUUUGCCCAGGCGCGUUUUUAUGGUCCCGUAGCGGGAACAGUUUUGUUCCGAUGGUUGGGCGGUCAGAUGGGCGAUGAAUCUACCGACACGAUUAUUCACACGAACUUGCACCACGUGCAUAAGCAAAAGUUACAAAUGUUAAAUUAUACCGAACAUCAUUGGAAGAUAUACGUCACCGACAUCUUCGAAACCGGCAAAGACAAAAACAACUGCAAUAUCCUGCAAAACGUAUUUGAUCCUAACAACGUCGGCGUCGGGAAGUCCAUCGGAGAUGUCGACGUGCGCCUAGGCAAAGUAAAAGUCGCCGCCAAUACGCAAGAAAAAUACAAAACUUUCUACAGAGAUCCCGACUUAUCUUUAUUGCCGACGGAUCUGCUCGGUCCACAUCGCCACUUGUAUCUAGUCAUCUUUCAUCCCGUACACGAAGACUCGUUCUUAGCUUGUGCCAAGAUCAACCACCGCAAGCCGAUACACAUCAAGGCUGUGAUCAAUUCGCAUGGAAUUAAAGGCAAGAUAACGGUGAUUCAAGAAACACCGUUCGAUCCAACAUGGGUCAACGUCUCUUUGACAACUAUUAACGAUUUGGAAACCAGACUACGAUACGCUACUAAAGUAGCAUCCUACAGGAUACACGAGUUACCUCCGGAACCGGCGCGAAAUGUGAGGAUUACUGUUGAUCCAUGCUUAACGACCAAGAAAUUGUACAAUCCUUUGAACAUCGAUGAGAAGACCACUCCGCCGGCAGGUUUCGGUACUCAGGAUCAAUAUGCCAUCGGUGAUUUGUCUGGCAAGCUGCAAGGACGAAAGGAAGGAUCUUACCAUAACGACAUUUUACCCGGGAGCGCUAAACUCAGCGGGAUCUAUUGGGAUACGUAUUUACCGCUUUCCGGGAUUCACAGCAUCGUUCACAGAUCUUUGGUGCUUUACAAAUAUAACGAGACUGACAAUAAAGGCGUAAUCCCAUGGGUAUGUGGCACGUUCGCAUAUUAUGUACCACAUACCGACUGGCAAAUGCCGAUGUAUACGACGGAAGUAGUAUUUAGAUAUCCCAUAGUCGGGCGAAUACUCUUUCGACAGCCUAAGAAUGAACCCGAGAUGGAUACUACUAUAAUAAUAGAACAUCUCGUUCACGCGGAUGGCAAUGCAGUAAACAACUCUGCGGAGCACAGAUGGAUGGUGCACGACAACCCGCCGGGAAAGGACUUCUACAAUUGGACGGGUCGGUGCUUGAGCACAGGAUCGCCCUAUAAUCCGCAUAAGGUGGAUUGGAACCCAGAUAAACCCUGUUCGAGCUCAGAAAUCUCGUUAUGUCGCUUGGGCGAUUUAACACGACACGGUGUGCUCGAAAUUGCCGGUAGAAAGCUCUACGCCUCGGAAUUGACUCGACGACUCUUUACGGACACGAUGUUGCCCUUAUCAGGGCCCCAUUCAUUGUUCGGCAAGAGUUUAGUUAUUUACGACGAUCACGGUCCGGUUGCACGGGGAGAUCGACUGGCUUGUUCCAUUAUCGGCGGAGUUUAUCGACGUAAGGCGGUAGCGAGAGAUUGGUUCGGAAAUGGUGAACAAAUAUCUCUGAGAGGAAAAUUAGAGCUCUUGCAGCAGACCGAGUACGAUAUCACGAAUGCAGAAGUGUCGCUUGAGGGACUCGGUGGAAAAAUGAGCGGAUAUCACGUACACAUGACACCUGUAGAAUACGACUUGGAAUUUCCAUGCGAAGGAACAUCGCUGUACGGACACUGGAAUCCAUUGGGUGUCAAUAUAAGUGACGUACCAGCGGCGGAGGAAGGUACGCUGGAUCACUACGAGAUGGGUGAUUUGAGCGGAAAAUUUGGUACUCUGGAUAACAAGAAAAGAUACAUAUCGACGUAUAACGAUACGAUGUUACCGCUAUUUGGACCGAGAAGCAUUCUGGGACGCAGUAUAGUGAUUCAUAAGAAGGAAAAGAACUUGAGGUGGGCGUGUUCUACUGUAGAGAGAGGAUAUUCUCCGACCGAUGCUAGUGAGUUGCGUGCUAUCGCAUCGUUCCAUCAUCCGCACGGCUUUUUGUACGGUUACAUAAGAAUGACGCAGCUCGUGUAUAAGGAUGGCAGUCAAAGCGAAACGGUGAUCGAAGUAAACUUACGUCAUCCCGGCAAACACGAUCGCAAUAUUACGAGAAAUCAUAACUGGGCUAUAUAUGUAAAUCCCGUGGGUGUGGACGCCGCGGUGAAAGUGGAAAAUACUCGAUGCGUGGCGGGUGGAUACACGUGGAAUCCUUACUUCACUCAAUUAGCCGAUCCGUUGAAUGAUGAUCUCUACAGACAAGAAUGUGGCCCGGAUUUACCACUGCGAUGUUACGUCGGAGACAUAUCGUCUCGUCUAGGACCCAUUAAUAUCGGAGAAGAGCGACAAGUAUUCACAGAUCAAAAUUUCCCCCUGGGUGGACCGAUUUCCGCGUUGGGUAGAUCCAUCGUAAUUUUCGACAAAGAUUUUGGUACCAACAGAUACUCCUGCGCGAAUAUCGAGCCUGACAACGACAUCGUGAAAUACGCGAAUAUUAGAAAACCACCGCGAUUUGUGGUGGCGCAGUUUUUGGAGGAUGUGAGAAAAGUGAUGGGCAUCCCCGAAUGGAUGCUGUCUAUCGAUAAUAGAAAGACCAAAAUAUUACAUAACGGCGCAUGCAUUCAAUUUCUUCUACAUUUCAAAGGUCCAAUUGCUAACAUAUUGGAGCAAGACUUUAGCAAACUUAUAUCCAGCGGUAAACUCGAGGCUCCCAGUUUAUAUAUUCCAGGAUACGUAGCGACGAAAAGGAAAAGCACCUUAGGACAUCGACAGUGCGGCGUGCGUGAUCCAAAUGACAGAGAUAGACGUUGUGGCGUUGUACCCGGGCAGCGCACCCCUGCUCAGGGAGCGCGCUUCUCUGGUGGGGGAGAUCCACAAAAGUUACUUAGACAAGUUCAGCUCUAUGAUUCGGACAGUUGGUUCGUCGCGGAUAAGGAAAAGAAGAAGAAGACCAAGAAGAAGGAGGAGGCGGCUCCAGCACCUGAACCCGAGCCUGCAGCAGAAGAGAAACCAGCAACCCCUACGGGCACACCGAAAGAAUCUGGUUCCGCCAGGGCGAGCAGCCGCGGCAGUCGCAAGGCCAAGCGCAGUGGUUCCAGCGUCUUCUCCAUGUUCUCACAGAAACAGGUGGCUGAGUUCAAGGAGGCAUUCCAGCUGAUGGACGCGGAUAAGGACGGUAUUAUCGGUAAGAAUGAUCUUCGCGCAGCUUUCGACUCCGUUGGACGACUCGCAACCGACAAGGAGCUCGAAGAGAUGCUCAACGAGGCUCCGGCGCCCAUCAACUUCACUCAGUUGUUAAACCUGUUUGCUGUUCGUAUGUCAGGAUCAGGUGCUGACGACGACGACGUUGUAAUCAAUGCCUUCAAGACAUUCGACGAUAAUGGCAAAAUCGAUGGCGAAAGGUUAAGGCAUGCUCUGAUGACGUGGGGCGAGAAAUUUACACCCAGGGAAGUGGAUGACGCUUUCGACCAGAUGUUCAUUGACGAUAAGGGUUUCAUCGAUACUCCGAGUUUAAUUGCCAUGUUGACCGGCACAGCAGAAGAGGAGGAGGAAUAAGAUCAGAUGAAGUUGUAUCUCACCAAGAAGGAAACGUUCCUCGAUUAUGAAGCCUCAUAUUAAUAUCAGACUCACGUGGCUUGACUCGAAGGACAGAUAUAUUUAAUCUUUUGCUGCCUCCUCCUUUCUUUCUCUUUCUAAUUCUGUCUCUUGUACGAAUUAAAUAUUAUGCUUUUUUAAAAUUUUCUCUCCUCUCUUUCUUUCUGUCUCUCUUUCUCUAGCCAACUCUCACUUUUUCUUCAAUUUUAUUCUUCAAUAUUUCUGUGUAUAUUUCUCUAUCUUUCAUUAUCUUUUUCUCUGUUUUUCUACUUUCUUCUCAAGAUAUUUUUCUGCCUAGCUCUCUACCCUGCUUCUCUUUUUCUAUAUUUCUUUACAUUCAUUUCUACUUUUCUCUUUUUAUCUUUUUACUCCUUUCUAUCCUUUUUUUAUCUUUCUCUCUAUAUCUUUCUUACUCCCUCUCUCUCAUUCUUCCUUCUAUUUUCUGUCCUUUAUUUCCUUCUUCAUCGUCAUCUAAAUUCUGGAGAAAAUUGCCCAUUUCGGAUUAAAGGACAAGACACGAGAAGUGCAAUCGUUUAUUUCUGUUUAGCACAAUUCUCUCAUGCAUCGAGUCGCACGUCUGUCGAUAAACGAAGCUUCAUUUACCAUUUUAUCGUUCAUGUAAUAAAAGUAUUAAUAAAACUGUA